CUUUGACCCGUCUCUGGUCCAAAUGGACGCAGCUAGCCUCGACAGCCUUCUCAGUGCUGCUUCUUCUCCUCUAUAUCCGAAUACUGGGUCUUCUGCUAUGUCGGAGUUCUCUAGGCUAUCUGACUCACCUGCAGGUAACCUAGGACCCGAGCACGCUGGUCCCUCUCGUAGUUCAUCCUCAUCCCCUGUUCGAGCAUCAUCCACAGCGGGCGCAGGUCGUAAAAGGAUCCGUCCCAAGGUCGACCUCGCCCCUGGCCAACCUCCCACAGCCCGAGGGAACCCUCGUAUACGCGUCUUCGUCGCAUGCUACCAAUGCCGUGCUCGCAAAAUCCGCUGUGAUGGUGCGAAGCCCAUAUGUUGCAACUGUCAGAAGCGCCCUUCGAAGGCCGAUCAUUGCAACUACGACUCUGGUCCGAAUCGUCGAGGACGCGAGAAGAGCGGUGGUGCUCGUGCUCGUGCAGCCCGGGGGCCUGCUAGCCAGAAGACGCCGAAACGGAAGCUCAGUCCACAAAGUGACAAGGAUCCUCCCCCCGUUGUUCCGAGAGCAGCCCGGCCGCAGGACACGGUAUUGUCUGACAGCAGCGACGAGCCCUUCUUCACUGCAGUGGACGAUUACAACAGCGAUGGCGUGUAUAGAUUCUCCAACGAGAUGGAGAUGGACUGGGAGAAUGAUCCGUUACUUGAUGAUGCGGCAUCUCUUACCGAUGCAACGUUCUUGGCUGGUCUCUCGUCUAUCCCAGACUUUGCAUCAACACAGGAGCCCAUGAUCGUCGUCACCCCUCCCGAAGACGGGAACGAGGAAAAAGAUAACGAGUCCAUCCCUCCCAGACCUGGGAGCCGGUUUGCUCGAGAGACUUGGUGGGAUGCUCUCCUCUCGCUUUAUGCCGCAGACGACGGUUUUGGAGACUCCGAUAUGCGGCUCACCUCUAUCAGUCAAGCACAACGCACUGCGUCCAUGAAGGCCAUCGUCUCGGACCUCCGCGCACUACUCCAGGCGUCCCCAUGUUGGAUUAGCUACCUCCACCUCCCGCGGUUCUUUGACAAACUAUUCAGCCCUGUGCGGCGGAAUUCACUGCAACCGAGUCUCAUGUUGGCUGCCCUUGCUCUCGGGACGUUUGCUCAAAGCUCUGAAGCCGAGUACGGAGCCAAGGGCAGGGCCAAAUCCCUGAAGCUCUUAGAUAUGGCGAAUGGCGCUCUAGAGGCCAGCCUUUCGACAGGCUGGGUAGAUAUCGGCCUCGCGCAAGCAGCAUUGAUGAUCGUGUUCUUCGAGAUGCAGUCUCAUCCGCAACAGUCACUAGAGCGCUCCCAGUCGUCAUUGCUCCUGUUGGACUCGCUUUUCCGCUUAUUCGGACUGACCAGGAUCGAUGAGAACCUGAAGCCCAGAGGGCAUUCGCCCUACGGAACCAUACAACCCCAAGGAUAUAAUCCGGCCGCGUAUAUGGGCGGCACUGUUCAGUCUCUGCCAACCGCGAGUUACGGUACGCCGGGGACGAGCAACGUUCCCCUUCAAGCACAAGCCUCAGACUUUAUGCCACUCCCAAACACCAUUCCGGGCUUGGCCGAUGGGAUGUCUAUGGGCUCAGUCCCUCGCUGGGACGAACAUGACCACUCCUCCCCGCCAUCCCACCGCGCUGGUUGCAGUUGUGUUGCAGUGUCUCUGGGAAAACACUGGCCCUCUGUGCACAAACUCGCGCCCUCAUGGGCAGGGACAAUGAUGUGGCCAGAGGGCUUGACCGAAGCCGAGUUCAGGAGAGAAGAGUGCCGCCGGCUCGUCUGGAGCAGCGUCAUGGUCAUUGCGAACUUGCAUGCAUACACUGCUGCUGUGCCGGAUGUGAUGAUCGGCGGGCACGCGAAGCUGAUUGUGCGAGAACCAGAGAAUUUCUCGUUGUUGUUCCCGAGCGAGGCGCUCGCAAAGACGGGCGCGAUGGUUGAUUACGACGAUAUAUGGACGCUGAAUUACCGCUCGAUGCUCCUGCUGCACGUCUGCAUGCGCACCCGAGAGGACCCUAACUUGAGUCCCGCGGAGCGCGCUCAGCUCUCGGUCCAGGCGUGGAUCGAGAUCGACGACAUUGAGCAGCGCCUUGCGCGCCACAACUGCGACUUGGACAGCUCGUUCGGAUUCCUGGCGAAGGAGUUGCUCUUCGGCCUGAGGAUGCUGACUUCAUACGAGUUCCAACGGUAUAUACCGCAAGUGACAACAGCUGGCCCCACACUGUUCUAUCGCGACAAGGCCGAGGCUUGGCUCAAAUACACAGAUGAGGCAGGCCAGUCGGUCUGGGAGUCCUUGAGUCUAGGCGCGGAAUCUCCUGACCAGGACCACCGCAAAUCGCUCCUGUUGUUCUGGUUUGUGGCGAACAUUCGGAAAGCUCUUGCGUUGUGGAAGGCCGACAAGGGCCUGAUAUACGCGCUCGAAUUCGCGAAACGCAUCUCUGUGCACAUAGAGUUUCUGAUGAUGUACUGGCCCAAUAUGCGUUUGCGGCAGUUGUGGCAGACUGUCCGGUUCUCCCUCGUAGAAGCAUGCUUGAAAGCGGGGAUCCCUCCACCAGACCCCGCGCUACCGCGACCGAUUCCGAAGGUGGACCCUGCGCGGCAUGCGGAUGUGGGCCUGAGCGAUCUUAUGAUGUAGAACAUACUGAUGUUUUGAUUCCUUCACCUACUUGUUUGGUCCAUUACUGUACAAUUCAUUCUCAUAUAUUCAUUU